UUUCACUGCGCGAAAAUUUGACUUACACACGCUCGCGUCCCUCUCUCUGCACUCAUCCGUCUAUCCCUCCCUAACCAUUUGUCUGAGUGUCUGUCUAUCGUCACUAUCAGUUCAUUACUAGAACUCAACUCAAACUUUACGGAACAAAAAGUUUGGAGGCAUUGUAUUUUAUUUCUUUAUUGGAUUGUUCGCCCUCAUUCUUCUACUUUUUCAUUCAUUCAUUCUCUCGUUCUUCUCUUCUGCAAUCUCUUGCCUCCACUCUUUUCGCGGAGUGUGAAAGGCAGAAGAAACUGGAGCACGUGACAAUUUCCGGAGUUCGAUUUAUUUAUUAAUUUUCUUACCUUAUUUUAACUAUUUAUUUACUGCAAGUCGUGCAUUUAUUUCUUGGACACGAACAAAUAUGAAAUUGCUUGUCGACUCCUCCUCCUCUCUGCUGCUCUCACUGCUAUUGGCCCAGCUUCCUUUAUUUACGUCUGCCGUCCCCGCCCCCUACCGGAGGCCGAACGUCGUGCACGAACUGGAUAGAUUGGCCAAUCAGACGAAGAAUCUGAGGCAGAUCACAGCAGAUCUAUUGAAGGAACAUGCGUUCGAGACAGACCCAGAACAGCAUAGAUUUAAGUCCCUGCCACUAAUGAACAACAGGGCCAGUGACAUCAACUCCCUUGAGAUGAGACCCACUCUCUCUCAGCUCCACGCGGACCUGAAGUCGUUUGAGCACCAUUUUGCCUGGUUGAGCAGAGUAUCAAGGAAACACCACCACCCUGCUCUCCCUAAACUGGGACAGAUGAUGUCACUCAUCAAGUCUCUCACCAGCAUGCUAGAGCAUCAGAUGAUGAGAGUUGAUGCUCAGCGUCUCUCUCCUCCCUCUCCCUCGAUGCCGCCUCCACCUCCCUCCCAGUUUGAUGUGUUACAGUCUUCCCAGGAGCUGCUACUACAGUUCAGACUCUUCUGUGAUUGGGCCCAACGAGUGUUCUCAGUGCUCAGUACAAAGUCCAAAAUGUCUGCAGUACAGUGAUGAUUCCUGAAGUGCUAUAGUCUAUAGGGAUACACAGAAUCCCCACUACAACCAAUGGGGACCUACUAGCUUCAACCGGCACUACAACCAAUGAUGAUCCAAGAAAUCCACACUACAGCCAAUGAUGAUCCAAGAAAUCCACACUACAGCCAAUGAUGAUCCAAGAAAUCCACACUACAGCCAAUGAUGAUCCAAGAAAUCCACACUACAGCCAAUGAUGAUCCAAGAAAUCCACACUACAGCCAAUGAUGACCCAAGAAAUCCACACUACCGCCAAUGAUGAUCCAAGAAAUCGACACUACCACCAAUGAUGAUCCAAGAAAUCCACACUACCACCAAUGAUGAUCCAAGAAAUCCACACUACAGCCAAUGAUGAUCCAAGAAAUCCACACUACAGCCAAUGAUGAUCCAAGAAAUCCACACUACAGCCAAUGAUGAUCCAAGAAAUCCACACUACAGCCAAUGAUGAUCCAAGAAAUCCACACUACCACCAAUGAUGAUCCGAGAAAUCCACACUACAGCCAAUGAGGAUUCAAGACAACCACACUACAACCUUGCACUGUUGUCACUGACCCUCCAUCCUCAUUGUAGCCAAUGAGAGACCUCCAUAUUCAAACCACAGCCUAUGAGGAUCCACCAUAUUCACACUAUUACAACCAGUAAUGGUCUCCAAUAUUCACAAACACGUCACUGCCACCCCAUCCUCUCUCUUAAAUACCUUGUUCCUGACUGUGUUAUUUAUCUAUUUAUUUAUUUAUUUACUUAUUUAUUUGAUGUCAUUAUUUAUUUGAUUUUGUAACGUGUCACAUAUCAUUUUUACUUUAUUGUUGUGAAUUUAAUUCCUUGUACUUUGUCAAUACUUUGUUCUCUCUCACCCUUCAUCCCUCCUCCCAAACUAAACAAGGAGACCACACCGUAGCACUUCCUGACUUCUUACAGUCUCUAAUGAUAUGGAUUGUAUUUUCAACUAUAUAACCUGUCUCUCUUUACACAGAGUAGCCUAUUUCCGCCAGUAGAUGUAGCAAACAUACUUGGCUUGUAGCAAGCAUAUCUUGGGAGAGCCUACAUGUAUUUUUCUUACAGUGCUGUACUUUACCUUGUAGAUUUAGGGUUACUCAUAGAAUCUUCUGAACAUGUUAAAUGUGCCACCUGUUUGGUUUUGUAAACUGUUAAGAAAGAGAAUUAUGAACCAUGCCUCAAUCAGGAUGUCAACACAACAUAGGAGGGUAGAUCGUAUUUCCAUGGGUUUAGUUGCUAUAAGUGGCUGUGUCCCACAUGGAUAAAUAACAGGUGGUAUAUCUAACACAGGUGGUUUAUGAAAAUGCCCUGUUGCUAAGCACUGAUCUAGGACCUGAUCUAAUCUCUUUGCACAAAUUUGUUAGGAUUAGCCUUUUGAAUCAGCUGAUCCUGAAUCUGUGCCUUGGUACACAUAAUGUUUGAGCGUUUUAGUGACAUAAAUAAGAAAUGAAAAAACACCCCAAGCCUUAAAAUACUAUGUAUUGUGAUAUUACGGUUCUGCACAGUUGUACAUACUUGUACAAUAAUGUAAAUUGUUGUAUACAAUGCAAUUGUGUAAGUAUAGUUUUCUAUGAUAUAAAUGUAAAAUACUCUGUCAAUGUUAUCCCUAUCGUUUUGUCGCAAUAUCAAUAUUAUUCUAUUCUAGUAUUUUGUGACAGUAUUUACUAUUUAUUUAAGUUACUUUGGUGGAACUAUUUAUUUGUGCUGCAGAGGAGCAAGUCUCCUGUUGUUUUUGUACUUUUAUACUGUUUUUAUUCAUAAUUACCAUUAUCAUUGCUAUCAUCCAUGUUGAAAUCAUUGUAGUACCAUGCCUGAACGCUGUGUAAAACCUUGUGCUUGGGGUCUCCAGCACACAGACUGACUGAUUGGCCUAAAUGUGAAAUGUGUGCCUUGAAAAUAAAAAAAUUAAAAGUUAA